AUGCCGGCGCCCAUCAACGAUCAGGCGCCCUUUGUGAUUUUGGAGACGACGAUGGGCAAAAUCGCACUCGAAUUGUACUGGAAUCACGCGCCGCGCACGUGCCAGAACUUUUCGCAGUUGGCCAAAAGAAACUAUUACAACGGGACCGUCUUCCACCGAAUCAUCGCCGAUUUCAUGAUUCAGGGCGGAGAUCCCACCGGAACGGGUUCGUGUUUGAAUAAUUAUGGGGCUAUUGGAGAAUGUUUAAAUUUUUAGGCCGCGGAGGCGCGUCGAUCUACGGCGAUCGAUUCGCCGACGAAAUCGACGAACGUCUGAAGCACACGGGCGCCGGAAUUCUCUCGAUGGCCAAUGCAGGUACGGUUUUUUUCGACUUCAGGAAAAUUUUAAUUUCAUCCGAAAUUUAGGCCCUAACACGAACGGAAGUCAAUUUUUUAUCACUUUGGCGCCAACACAGCAUUUGGACGGAAAACACACGAUUUUCGGGCGCAUCGCCGCUGGAAUGAAGGUAAAAACGGGGCAUUUUAUCGAUGUUGUUUUUUGAAAAGAAGUCAAUUUUCAGGUGAUCGCCAAUAUGGGCCGCGUGGACACUGACAAUCACGACCGUCCGAAAAUCGACAUCCGCAUUCUGAAGGCCUAUCCGUCAGACUCUUCGAUGCUCUCCUAA